UUCGCCGUAUUUAUUAAUUUACAAAGUAUACAUGACGGGAAUCUUAUUCUGAAGGAUUCCAAAAAAUCCGUGACCCGGAAGUUCUUAGUUAUUCUUGCGUGUUUUACGGCGGGAUCUCAAGCUCAUGGCACCGAAGGGAACGAUAAAUAAACAGCCAAAUAUAGUUUUUCCCUGUGAUAAAUGACACACAGACAGGCUUGUCUUUGCAAAGGGAACUAUCUGCUCUCGUUGGAACUGCGGUUUUGGAGAAUCACCCAGCAUUUUAAAAGGUGUUUUCUUCUGGCCUUUCACAGUUUACACACCGUACUCCAGACGCAACGUUCUAGCACACUUCACAAACUUCAACACCGUUUGGGAACUGCUCGGUCCUCCUCGUACAAAUGUGACCUGGCAACACCAGUAAAGCACGAACGGAGCUGUCAUUUCUAGGUUACGACAGUAACCACCUUGUGAGGAUCUGGUCUGUGUAGCGAGUGCUGCAGUUUCGAGCUACACGAGAAACGCCUGCUUAUGUUACUUUUUUGCAGUAACCUUCUUACCUCUCAACAGGAUUUCGUCGUGAACGAUGGAUUAUUAACUGCUUACAUAUAUUCAAGCGUGUAUCUAGCCAAUCAGCUGAAUUGGACACAAAACAAAGUUGAUCGAUUAUCGAUGUUAUUAAUCGAUUAAGGGCUGCAUCAAUUGCUAGAAUUGAAAUCAGCAAUUAGGCGUUUGAAUAGUUUAGUCUCUCCAUUGUCCUAUAAUUAAACGGAGAUGGAGGGUCGGGAUGACAAAGGGAAUAAAGAGAGUAAUCUCUCGAAGCCAGAUAUUCAGAAGUUUGCUCUCUGGUACAUCGGCUGGUCCUCCUUGGAUAAGCGUACUACCCUGCCCAUGCUGCCGUGGUUGGUGGCGGAGAUCCGGAAGAAAAGUGAGAAGAACGAAUCGGGACGCGAGACUUGUUCCGUCCAAGCCAGGGAAGUUCAACUGGUGCUCACACCGCCGUUUAUUCGAUGUGUGCCCGCCAACAAUGUCGCCAACUCGUCCGUCUUCAUCUUCGAGCAUAAAGCGCAGUUCAUCUCACGUUUUAUCCACAACAGUAAUGACCUCACAUAUUUCGCCUACCUUAUCCGGAGCCAGCCCGACAACCCGGAGUCUGAGAUGGCAUGUCAUGUCUUCAGGGCAUACGACCCUAACCAGGUACCAGAAGUGAUCAGUAGUAUCCGUGCGGUGUCAAAGUCGGCCCUGAAGGAGGACUCCAAGCCGAAGCGGGAUACUGAAGAGGCCUUCUAUAACUCCCAGAAGUUUGAAGUGCUCUACUGUGGCAAGGUGACUAUCGGCCACAAGAAGGCUCCCUCCACCCUCAUUGAUGACUGCAUCAACAAGUUCCGCCAGCAUGAAUUGGAGCGCAAGCACCUGCGCCUCCUGAAUGACCAGCGGGGAUCCACAGAAAGCGCCCCCAUGGAGUUCAUCAUGGGGGAUGACGGAGACCCCCUCUCCUCAACCACCCACAGUGAGGGGCUGGAGGAACCUGAGGGGCUGGAGGUGGAUGAGGUCACUAACAGAGGAGGUUCUGGAGGGAAGAUCAUGUCCAACAGUCCCAGCCUGGGCAGCCUGCGGGGGGCCUUCCCCGAGUGCAUCCUGGAGGACUCUGGUUUCGAGGAGCAGCAGGAGUUCCGGACGCGUUGCAGCAGCCUGGCGGGCAGUCUGCAGCGGAGGCCACUAGAGGGUGCGCUCAAAGCCGCCCCGGCACGCCGCCGCCACGCCAGUGCCCCCAACAACGUCCAGCCCUCAGACGCCGACAAAAACCGCACCAUGCUCUUCCAGGUCGGACGCUUCGAGGUGAACCUGAUCAGUCCAGACAGUAAGACGGUGGUGCUGGAAAAGAGAUUCAAAGACAUCUCGUCCUGCUCUCAGGGUAUAAACAAGACGGACCACUUUGGGUUUAUCUUUCGCGACCCAGGGGAGUCUGGUCCAGGACAGUAUGUGUGCUACGUCUUCCAGUGUGCCAGCGAAUCCCUGGUGGAUGAGGUGAUGCUUACUCUGAAGCAGGCCUUCAGUACGGCAGCAGCUCUGCAGAGCGCCAAGACACAGGUCAAGCUGUGCGAGGCCUGCCCUAUGCACGACCUGCACAAACUCUGCGAGAGGAUUGAGGGUCUGUAUCCUCCCAGGGCCAAGCUGGCCAUCCAGAAGUACCUCUCUCAACUGACUGAUAACGAACAGGUCGACAUCUUUGAGCGAGUUCAGAGGAUGAAGCCUGUGUCGGACCAGGAAGAGAAUGAGCUGGUGAUUCUCCACCUCCGCCAGCUAUGUGGAACCAAGCAGAAAUCCCACCUCCACAUCGGAGAGGCCCAACUGAAAACCCCCAACACCACGACAGCACCAGCGGACAGCACAGCGGCGACAGGCGGCCGCUUCAAACUUGACAUCCUGAAGAACAAGGCCAAGAGCUCGCUGACCAGCUCACUGGAGAACAUUUUCUCACGGGGCGCCAACCAGAUGAGAGGUCGCUUGGGAAGCAUGGGAAGCAUGGGGGGGAGCUUUGAGAGAGCGGACGAUUCUCCCGGUGACUCCCCACCAGGCACGCCCCCUGGUUUCCCUGAUGACGACCCAGAUGCCCUCCAGUUCCGGCGGCGUGCCCACACCUUCAGCCACCUGCCCGUGAAGAAGCGCAUCUCGUUCAACGACGCACCCACCCAGGGAGUCCAGCAGGGGGGCACUGGUACCCACAGCAAGGCCCUGCUCCGUAGGCAGCAGUCUGUCAACCCCGAACUACUGCAGAGCAGUAAUGGGGAGGGCAGGAAGAGGACCCUAUCUGGAUGCAGCAGUGACAGUGUGAGUGCACCCCUCAACCUCCGCAAAGUGUCCUGGAGACAGAAGAUCUUCCUGCGGGUCGCCUCGCCCCUGAACAAGCCCACAUCCAUGCAGCACCCAGACCACUGUGAUGUGAUGGACCUGCUGCCCCUCUCCCCCCGCUCCUUCGACCCAAGUCUGGACCCCCUGGCCAGCCUACUGCCCACCUCGGGUGACACCUUCACUGGGAAGAGGCCCAAGAGGACGGCGGUGCACUACCGGGCCCUAUGGAAGACGGCGAUCCACCAGCAGAUACUGCUGCUACGCAUGGAGAAGGAGAACCAGAGACUGGAGGCAAGUCGAGACGAGCUGCACAUCCGGAAGAUGAAGCUGGACUACCAGGAAGUGGGGACGUGCAUUAAAGACGUGCUAGCCUUUUGGGACAGGAAGCUGAGCGUUCCGGGCAGAGCCAAGGUCGUCCCGCUGGACAAAGAGGAGGUCCACAAUGCAAUCUCUAAGGGUGUCCCUAAGGGCAGGCGUGGGGAGGUGUGGCUCCUCUUCUCCCAGCAGCACCGCCUGAGACACCGUCUGCCCCCCGGCCGCCACGCCCCAGACACCCCCUACCAAGACCUGCUGAAGCAGCUCACGGCCCAGCAGCACUCCAUACUAGUUGACCUGGGUCGGACGUUCCCCACCCACCAGUACUUCUCAGCCCAGCUGGGUGCAGGGCAGCUGUCCCUCUACAAUCUGCUCAAGGCCUACUCUCUGUUGGACACUGAGGUGGGCUACUGCCAGGGCAUCAGCUUUGUGGCAGGUAUCCUGCUGUUGCACAUGAGUGAGGACCAGGCCUUCGACAUGCUCAAGUUCCUGAUGUACGACCUGGGCUUCCGCAGACAAUACAGGCCUGACAUGACUUCUCUACAGAUUCAGAUGUACCAGUUGUCCAGGCUGCUGCACGACUACCACAGGGAGCUGUACAGCCACCUGGAGGAACACGAGAUCUGCCCCAGCCUCUAUGCAGCCCCAUGGUUCCUCACACUCUUUGCCUCCCAGUUCCCACUCGGAUUCGUCGCACGGAUAUUUGAUAUCCUAUUUGCCCAGGGGAGUGAAGUGAUCUUUAAGGUGGCUCUGUGUCUACUGAGCAGUCACGAAGGGGAGAUAGUGGAGUGUGAUAGCUUCGAGACCAUCGUGGACUACCUGAAAACUACAAUUCCCAACCUCACCCACACCCAGAUGGAGGAAACCAUCUCAAAGGUGUUGGACAUGGACAUCUCGAAGCAGCUACAUGCAUAUGAGGUUGAGUACCACGUGCUGCAGGACGAGACGGUGGAUGCUGUGCUCCAGUCAAACAACUCAGACCGCCUGGAUAAACUGGAGAAGACCAACAACCAGCUGAAGAAACAGAACAUGGAUCUGCUGGAGAAACUACAGGCGGCACGUCAGAAGAUCCAGAGCCUGGAGGCCACUGUGGAGAACUUCCUGUCACGCGAGUCCAAGAUGAAGCACAUGAUCCGCUCGCUGGAGCAGGAGCGCCAGUCCUACCAGAAGACUAUUGAGCGCAUGCGCACCUGCCUUCCCCCGGACGCCCUGGCUGACGUGGAGAUGACCCACAUGGUCAAGCCUGCCCAGGGGCCAAACGGCAAGGCCAAGCCCACUGCCAAGAAGCCCUAAUGGGGGAAGAGUGGAAGGCAAAGGUAAGGGAGAGACUCUGGAGAAUGGACAGGUAGAUGGAUAUUACUGACAUAGAGAAAGGACUCUGACGAUGGAUGGAUAGAAUUUCUGAAUUUGAAAACUAAACUUUAUUGGGACUAUUUACAUUUGUGAAACUGUUUAGCCAUACAUGUUUAGGCCCUGUAAUUGUGUCUAUAUGUGUUGUUGUUUUAAGACAGGUGGUGUAGUUCCUAUGUGAUGUGUCGCCAUUUCGACAGACAGACACUGACAGUAUGGCAAUGUGGUCUGUUUUGAAUGUGCUGUGUGUGCCUGCGUGCGUGUGUCUGUGUGCGCGCACACAGGAAACAAGAAGAGUAUAAAGAAGGUUCACAGUCUCUGUUAGGCUGGAGAACAGACUGAGUUGAAUGUCACUGCUCACACACCACAAACAGCUGACAUCAUGGACAGACACUUUUUCAUUAUGUUCCAGGACAGUACACACACACACACACACACACACACACACACACACACACACACACACACACACACACACACACUGUCUUCAGGACUUUCUCUCUUCCUUCAUACUGUUUUAUCCCACCUUCACAUCUGAGUCAUAUUCUCCAAUGAUUCUGAUUGAAAAGAGAGAACAAGUAAAGAGAAUAAUAAAAAAAUUAAAUAAGCUCUAGUCUGACAUCGACUGUUAAAUGCUGACCUGCCUGCAGCUGAAUUUCUUUUAUUUUUUUAUCUAAGUUGAAUGUUGAAUAUUGUUGCAAACAGUGUUACACUGUUCACUUUUUUGUAUUGUGAACCAAAAACAAUUACUGAAAGUUGACCAAGUGGACAUGUAGCAUAUUUGGGUCUUUGUAAUAUGGAUGAUUUCUAUUAUUUGCUUUCUGAAAUGUUGAAACAAUGUUUAUUUUUGAUUGUCAAUCUGUCAAUUGUGUGUGCACAAUGUAGGAACAGUUAUGUUUCACAGAGUUGAUACGAAUACGACCAGCACUCCAUGUGGAAUUACUUUGAAUUAGGCUACUGCAGCCGAUCCACACACAUUUAAGGUUGACGAAGCCUAUCCAACAUGAUCCCUCGUCAUCAACUAGCCUGUAACCAUCGAGGUGAUGGCUUUACCACAACCCUUUCACAAUCAGUCAACACACACAGAACUGAAUGGUGAUGUUUUUCAAUAGCUACUUAAAAUUAAGCAGCAUAUCCCACAUUUCACAAUUUUUUUAAAUAAAUUGAUAUGUUUUUAGUUAGGAUAAAUCAAGUCUAAUCAAUUUAAGAAACCUUUUUAAAACUCAAACACAAUUACAUUUCCUGAUGUGCAGGAAAAUCCUUGCGACAUCAGAGUGGUCAAAUUAAGAUAUUACAUCUGUAUGACACUGGCUUCACUUAUGCGACGGUUCUUCGUCGUCGUUGUGGAAAUUGCUUAUGUAACGCUUAUUUCUUUUUGAUAUCAGUGCUUUUCUUAGGGUGGGCGUUGGUUGUGGUUGCAUUGUUAUUUGCCUUAAUGUACUCUCUCCUGUACUGCCUUUGGAACCAAAGAGGUUUUAAUGCUUUCGUUGCUAAAUGGUUAGCAACCAGAAGUGUAUUAUAAUUCAUGCAAGUGUUUUUUUUCUUCUAUUUAAUCAAAUGAUCACUGUUACUAUUUCAGUGCUGUUUUUCAACACUGUCAGCGUUUAAUUGUUUCAAAAUGUGUUUUCAUGUUAAACAAGCUAAAAAUAGAUCUAGUUCUGGGUCAUACAAAGACAACCGUCCUUUUGCUAUCUAGAGAUUCAUGUCUUACAAAGAUGCUCCAUUGGAAAUAUAGGCUGGCCAAUCAUCAUUGAUCAUCAGAGAAUGAACUAGAUUAAAGUCAUGUUCUUGUGUUAACACAAAAGUGCCAAAUAAAAGCAUGAAUACAGUCUUCCUUAUCUACCCUGAAUCGGAGAUAAGCUUAUGACCGUGAUUGAGGGUGAUAUAAGGGAAGCCCUAAUGGCUGGCUUGAGUGUUUGCAAUGUUCAUUAUCUUACUGUUGCGUCUGUGUAGGUAGCCUACAUCAUCGCAUUGUUCAUUCACUACUAUGGAAUAACGCCGAUUGUGUUGAAUUAAUGUCGAUUGCCUGUUUUUGUUGAAAUGAGGCCUCACAAAGAAAAAUGUCACGUGUACUUCAAUAAAUCACACCUUCACUGCCUUUUUCUAUUCA